GUUUAUUAAUAGUCUCGGCAUUCGCCUUUGUUCACAAAAGGACAAGCUUGAUAUCAGUCAGGUAGACGUGACAUAGGAUAUUAUUUAUUUCAUAUGCCAUAUGCAAUCGGAUAUGUCAGAGCCGAACGAGAGAGAACGAUACGAGUGGGAUGUCUUCAUCGUUCAUUCUGGAGAAGAUGAGGAGAAAGCCAAGGGGAUUUAUGAUGAGCUUAGUAAACAGGGAAUUCGAUGCGUUGCACAGUUUUGCUCGGAGGCGUUUACUCCAGGAAAAUCUGUGUUUGACAAUAUUGUAAAGUUGAUUUCAAAAUCGCAUCGCACAAUUCUCUUGCUGUCAGAAAAUUCGAAGAAAAGUUCCUGGAUAAAUCUUGAAACGAUUCUUGCCAUAGAACAAACACAGCAUCGCGGCGGGAAUAACGAUUUAGUAUUGAGGAUUUUGCUUGUUGACAUAGAUGAAAAAGACGUACCCGCACUUCGAACAGGUGUUCUUCAAAAUGUCCCAGCCCUCUGCAUAAGUUUCAAAGAGCAAAACUGGGUCGAGAAAGUGAAAUCUAGUUUAAAAGAGCGGAUUGCACUUCCACAGGUGUUGCACGUCGGCAGUCUAGCCCAUGGACUGGUUUUCAACCAUUUUACUGGGUUCGUUACUUUCAUGGUUCCCAGGUUAAAAUUGGUAAACCUCAAAUACCACAUGCUUCUGCCGUAUUCCUGCAAAACGCACCCGUCGCUCUCUGGGAGGGACGAUGCAUCUGGAAUCGAAAUAGUCACUGAGAAGAUUGAGGCUUUUGAAGAAGACUAUCAGGGGAAAAGCCGGCCAUUCCAUUUGACAGUUUACACACUACAAAAAGGCGACGAGAAAUACCGAUUUUUCGCCGAUAUGCCCAAUGUUCUGACUGCUAUAUACGAGUUGAGAGAGCGAAGCCUGAUGUCUGGUGUCGACAGUCGCCUCCAAUUGGACCGAUUUUACUACACCUAUAACAAGGUGUUCAACCAUUCCAAGAACAAAGAUUAUAACGAGACGAUUGUUAUGCUUAAAUAUGACGAUCAAAAGAGGACCUACUACCAAGAACUUUACGAUGCCCUCAAAGCAAGCGCAACUGCUGCAAAGGAGAGUCCAACUUCUGGUCAACAUAAAGAAACCGUGAUAUAUAAGAGGGACGAGGUCGAGAGCUCAGGUGCCGAUCGUGCCUCAGCACCAGAAGUUGUUAUCAUAUGCACAGAAAACGAAAAACUUGAUAGAGAACUUGGAGGAGAUAUCCAGACAUUUUUGGAGAAUAAACAAGUCCGCGUUUCUGCGUAUGCUGGGGAUGUUGGUAACGAAACUGUCGAAUGGUACAUUGUGAUUCUCUCGAAGGAAUCACUUAGAGACGAGCUCGUCUCGAAACAAUGCCAUGACAUUUUAGCUGACAGCAUUGAUCGGAAUGAAGUUCGAUUGGUGAUUGUGCUUCGAGAACUAAACACCAACGAGGUACCGGAAACAAUCAAUUGGGUGACACUACUGAACGCCAGUGAGCCAACGUACCUGCAGAAUAUUUUAAACACAGUCAAAGGCGGAAAGAUCGAGAUGGAGCAUCGACUACCCGCGGGUGAUGUGGCCACCGGGCUGACGUCGGGCUACCUGACCAACUACUUGCGUCACACCCUGUUCCUACGCUCACCACGGGAUGAGGGACACCUUGAUUUACGCGAAAGAAUGUUCAAAUUUAUGAGAGAGAACAAAAUAACUUGUGGUCUUAUCCCAAAGAUGUUCGUGAUUUGCAACAAAUCUUGCACAAUUGACCAGAAGGUGGCGGAGACUGCUAUGAAAGGGUUGUCAUUGGAUGACAAGAGAAAGGUGGAAUCAUUUGGUGAACUGCGUCUCCCACCCGUGUAUCUAUCAUCUGGGGCGCAGCAGAGAAGGCCGUUGUAUCUAAUACCUUUUAGGUAUACAAACUCGGAAACGGGCAAAGAGUUUUGUUUCAUCGCGGAAUAUUGCACUCCACUGCGAACUCUAUAUAAGAUGGCGAACGACCUUCCCCUUGCUGGUCUCCACAAACAUGAGAUGUACGCGCAGAUGGAGCGAUUUGUGAGCCUCUUCCAGGAAUUUACACAUACUCCUAGAGUAAAGGAUACAAUCGGGGACUUCACAGACGUCGUGCAGUUGGUCAUCCAUGAUGAUGUCGGCGGGCAAACGUUAAUGGACGCCUUGGAGGACGCCUUCUCGUCAGUUAAUCCAAAGGACAUGCUCCAAGUGUAACAGUUCACAUGUUGUCCGUACCAGACCGCAUAACGUGUGUGCGAAAAAACAGAAGUGUGGACAUUUUUUUUUUUAUUUACAAUAUCCAUCCAGGUUUAUAUCAUUAGGGACAGUAUCGAACAUUUCAACUGAACAUAUAUAUUUUUAGAAGUUUAUUUUCUUUAGCUUUAUUGUUCCAUAGCUGAUGUUUUAUGUGUUGUAUAUAGGUAAAAAGUCAUUUGACAAUCAGUUUAAAUAUGGAUAUUUUAAACAUUUAAAUAUUUAACACAUUUCUGGGAAAUGUAAACUCUUUCCUACCCUUAUAAGGCCAUCAUUUUUUUAUUAAAUGAUUUACGAGAUUUUUUUCAAAAAAAUUGAGUCGGGGGGGGGGCAAAUAAAAAUAAAAAUAAAAUCAAAAAAAGUGAGCGGACGACCAAAAAAAUAAAAAUAAAAGUACCCAAAGGUAUUUUUAUUUUUAUUUUCAUAUUUUCAUUUUUAACUCAGAAUAUUGUUUUAUAAAGCUUUAUAUUAUGUGUAUGCACGUUUUUCUUCUAUUAACUUACUUCAAAAAUACUUAAACAGCUGGGUUUUUUUGCUUUACACUUCAGAAACAUAUUUGUGUACAAAUAAAAAAAAGUUUAAGAUAUAUGGAAAACAGUAAAACCUUUUUAACAGAUUUUGAAGCAAAAAAGAUGUUGAAUAGUAGAGACAAAUCACGCUUGAAUAUUGUUUAGUGCAUUGUCUAGGGAAUUUCUGUAUUAUGAACUGUGAAAAAAAUACUGUUGCCUCUGGCAGAGAUUUUAUAAAAACAUUUCUUCAUCCUAAAAACGAGAUUUUGAUGUCUGUUCUUGUUUUGGCAUUUUUCGUUUGGCAGUUCCUUUAGAUGUUAACCCAGGUUUCACAUAUAUACAGGUAUAUAGCACUACUAAACACCCAGCCAGUCUCAAGCCUGCUAGUAUGAGGGGUCUCUGUGUACAUGUAUUAGAGCAAUACUCAUGUAUUUGCAAAAUAAACCUCUUUUGAAUGCAAGUGUUUGUAUUGUGUAUUUGGCUAAAUAAUACAACAGGGCCUUGACCUUGAAGAUUUCUGCACAUAAGCUACAUGUAGAUGUGGUAAACAUUAAGGAGUUUAUAAUGGAGUGGACAUGCGAUAGAGGGUAGGCAGAUGCACAGAACAAUUAGGCCCUGAUUUCUUGAAACUUCUUAAGCUUAACAGGGUUGAAUUACUUAUUUCAAUCAGAAAAUAACAAACAUCUAUUUAAAACUCAAAAUUCUAUUUAUUAAUUGAAAAUAAGUGUAUCUCAUCUAUUACAAUAAUAAUUUUCAUUAAAAGUGUAAGAUAUCUUACAUAAAUAAAUAUUUAUCCCUACUUGUAUGUGUUGUAUCAUAGCUUUUUCCUUAUUGGGUCUACAUUUUUAACAACAUAGUUAAAGUGUUGUUUAAUGAAAUAAUAUCCAUCAAAACAUGCCAGAUAUUAAAGUCAUACUAUUUAAGAUUUCACUCAAUAUACUUUGAGAACACCAUCCACCUCUGCUCAUCAAACUUGAACUAGAACAUGUUAUGGGAUGACUAGAUAAACUGUGUUGACUUGACACCUUAUAAAAUAUAACAGUAUAAACUGAAUGCCAUUUUUGACAAGUGUGAUCAUUGCAGUAUUACACACUUGAUAAAAUUAUCUACACCUACAUCAACUGCAUAAUUCCAUGCAAUUAAAACAAAUAUUACUGACUCUGUAACCUCAUGAAGCGCCAAAGUCACACUUUCACAACAGUUGCCUAUAUUACAGGCUUCAAGCACUUGCACACAUAUGUUGUGAGAAAUGUAUGUUGUAGUCACUUCCUUUUUUCACUUUCAAUGCAUUCCUGGUCUUCUCUGGUUUUCCAUGCUCAAGACAGGUCUGGCAAAUCUGACGAACUAUGCCCAACUCCUCUAUCACGCGUUUGAGGUCUUCGUUUUCAGCCAGCUCCGUGUCCCAACAUUGGAAGCAAACAUCGUCAAACUGCAUCGUUUUUCCUGGAAAUGUUAGAUGUUUUGUGUUGACAUAACAGCAGGCAGUAUCACCAUAUUUUACAUAUAUUAAUAUUUAACGAUAAAAAGGCUAAGCAUAUAAACAUGUUUGAAUAUAGCUGGUCUGCUUGCCGGAUAAAGACAGUCCUGUCAUAAGUUUGAUACAUUUCCACAAUUGCUUCUUUCUGCUCUGCUUACUUCAGUAUUUGCCAGGACUAAUAUAUCUUGCAACAUAUUAAAAAAUAAUAUUACCUGCAUAAUAUGCAGCCUCCAUCAAAGAAUUACAGUUGAUUUUCUCCUGAUGCUUGUAUUAUGGUAGACAUCAGCGUGAAAUAAUGGAUUUCCACAUGCAUACACAAGUUCUUCCAGUACUCGCAUUAUCGACCUCUUUUCGGCAGAGGAAAGCUUUUUGGCCUUGUAAACCACACGCUGCUUGCCACACUCUCUGCAAUUAGGAUUUUUUUUCACUUUGGCUCAGAUUAGAAAAAAUAGCAUUAUAAUUAUGUCAUAAACAUGUAUAAUAAAUUAAGAAAUAUGUGAAUCUAAAUGACAAAAGAAUAAACAAAUAUCCCUGAAUGCUCAAUGUUGUAGCUAUGCACCAGGUGCACUUUUCCUUACAAUGUUUACUUCAUUGCAAAGUGAUAGUUUGGCACUCUUAGUCUUUGUCAAAUAAAAUUGUCCAUUUACCAACGUGUCAUACUAAGUACAUUAAAUAGGGGUGAAUCAUAUAGAUGCGUGACAUUAGCCCGAUUAUUAAGCCAACAUUUAUAGCAGUGGCAUUUCAACUACAGCGUGGUGAAGAUAUGUUAAUUCUGGACUUUUCUUCAACAAAACUAAUAAAAAAUUUAUAUUUGUAUCUUCUUAAUUCUGGAUUAUUUUUUGUUUAAAACUGAUAUCAUGUUGAUGCAUACCCAAAUAUAAAUGCUUUCAAUACCCAGAAUUCGGUGUUGAUCGCAGUUUCCGCGUCAUCAUCAGCUGCCCGAUCUACUUGGACAUCCUUGUCAGCUAGAAAAUCUGCUACGAAUUGCGAUAAUGUAAUCUGAAGAUCGAUUGAUUUGAUACAAGUUUCUUCCCUGCGAUUUAAAACAGUUUUUGUACGAAAAGAAAUGAUACUGCCGCCAUGUUGCAGACA